AGAGGAACCUGAGCAGCAGAAACAGCUCUACUGUCGCUUUAAGACUGCCGGCCGUGCAGCGUACAGGAGGAGUGUAGCCUGUGUGUGUGUGUGUGUGUGUGUGUGUGUGUGAGCGCGAGUGUGAGUGUGCGUGUGGCAGUGGGAUGCCUGGGAUCACCGAUCACACUCGAUCCAUCGCAGGAGUGCCGGAGAAAAUCGGGUCGUACUGAGACUUUAUCACUUUAAUCUGACACUGUGCGGCGACAGAAAUAAAGACAGAAAGAAGGAAAGAAAGAAAGAAAGAAAGAAAGAAAAGAAGAGGAAAAAGAAGAAGAAGAAGCGGCGACGUGGACGCGGCAGUGGCGGGGACGCGCAUUUCAAAAAAAAAAAAAAAAAAGACGCAGCGGGAAAAUCUCCUGUAAAGCCAUGUGAGUGAGCAGUCACUGUUCCUGCAGCGUGAUGGGAAGUCAAAACAGGAACUCAUCCAGGAAGCGUACGCUACUUUCAGCACUCUUCGGUUCAAGAGGUUGUAGAAACAUGGUAACUAUGGAUCACCUCCAACUGUGCCUGUGGUCAGAAAAUCAUGGAGUGACCAGUUGUCUGAGUUGGUACCCAAGAAGCAGACUUGUUACAGAUCCACUAAGAUGGAAACACACAAGAAUCACAACAUCAUGAAUGUGGUCAUAUCUCUGCCAUAGUUAAAAAAAAAAAAAAAAAAAAAAAAACAUUAUCUUCUGUGACAGGGAAAUACCCUGUAGAAUUGCAUUUGAUCUCUCAAAACCUGUGUGGAUUGAAAACCUAUAUUGUAAAGCGAAAAAGUCUUUGGAUCUCUUGGUGGAAACUUUUUUGAGAACAUUUUUCUUCUCUGUUGUGGUGGCCAGCCAUAGAAGGGACCAUAAUAUUGAACAUGACUCAUGGGGAAGAGACUGGCCCUGAGACACACCAGGAUUCUGCUGUUCUAACAUAUCUGGAAGGCUUACUCAUGCAUCGGGUAGCAGGAGCACAAAGCGCCACAGCAACACAACAAAGUGAGGCUGAAAAAGGCAACGAGGAACAGAGAAACAAGGAGACACCAGGGCUUCCAUUGCCCAAGCAUAGCCCUCAGCAGGAACAGGAUAAAACAACCCCCCAGGGAGGGUCAACACAUCAUGUGAAAAAAGCUCGGCUGCUUCGCUCUGAAGUCUGGACCGAACAUGAGAGUCAGGUGCGUCAAAUGUCCAUGCCUUCUCCUGAGCUCAACGGGAGAAAGCAGGAACACUGUGGUGGCCUGAAUGGGUCACUGCAAUGUAAAGGAGAGAGCACAUUGCUUGCAAGCCUGCUUCAAAAUUUCAGCACAAGACUCCAAAAUGUGGCCUUGUCACAGCAGAUUGAACAAAAUUUGACACCACAGAAGGCAUCCAGUUCAAGCAGUAACCCCAAUAAAGAGGACAAGAUACCAGAGCAUGGCAGUGGAUCUGAAGGAUCUGGUCUGUGUUUGUCUGGAAACAGUACAAUGCAGAACAAUACCAGCAGCCAGAUGUACCACCAUAGGCAGCCCAGCCAGGAAAGAUUAUCAAAGUCUCCCGGAGCGCUACAACGCAGUGUUCGAUCCUCCUCAUCAGAAUCCCUCCAUUGCACUGAGCGUCUAAAAGCUGUAGCCAGUCUUGUAAACAUCAGGUCAAGUCCAGCUCCUUCGCCAAAACCCAGUGUGGCCUGCAGUCAGCUUGCCCUGCUGCUUUCGAGUGAGGCUCAUCUGCAGCAGUAUUCCAGAGAACAUGCACUUAAAGCUCAACUAGCUGGGCGAUCAGCCAGUGAAAGGCUUGCAGCCAUUGCUACACAGCAAACUCAAGAAAAGAAACAGCCUACAAUAUCUCAAACAAACCAUGAUGGACUUGCUUCCUUACAGACCAAAAAUGGGUUACCUUCUCAAAUGCCAACAAGCUCUAGCAGGCAAAGUCAAAGCCUAUGUACAGGACAAAGUAGGUCGGUGGGUUUGGUGCGGAGAACACAUCCCUUCAGGGAGCGCAGACCUUUUGAAAGGCAUGGCAGGCCAUCACAGAACUGCAGCAGUCUGCUCCUUCAACUUCUCAACAGCCACAACACACCACAGAGACUUAUUUCUCAGGAUCACCUGAAGGAGGACACCAACAUCUUUUCUAGUCGAGGGUCUCCCAUGUUCUCGGACAGCGAACACUCAAACUCCAUCAGUCUACCAAAGGAUAGCAGUGAUGCUGAGAGUACUCGCUCCAGUUGCUCUCCUAUUGACCUCUCUUUGAAGAACAAAGUGAAUAACUCAACACCACUAUCUUCUUCUUCUUCACCUGCACUAGACAAGGUCACAGAGUCACUGAAAACCAGGUGGACAUCAGAGAGUCCAACUGCAAAAUUUCCUACAGAACCCAAAGAGUUACACACUUGUUCAGAGAUUAAGCCCCACCACAAGGUUACCCUAUUGGAAUUGCUCCUUGAUCAAAAACACACCGAGAAGACAAACAAAGCCCCUGAUAAUCCAGAUUUACAGUCUAAGAUCCUACCUAAGGUCAGCAGUGCAUCAACAAGUAAUCACACUCUUUUUUAUCCGGGUCAGUGUAAGGAUACAAGAGAGACUAGCCCUAAUUGUAGAUUGAAUACCAGAAGUCCUAAAUUACUGCCAACGUUUUCCCAAGGCAGAGACUGUAACAUCCGUGCAUCUCCUUACAAAGUGUACAACUCUCCUCAUACACAGUCAGUACCCUUGGAUCUGUGUAAGAAUAAACCACUUGCAAGUGGUCCAAGUGUCAAAGAAGCAGCUUUUAGUGCUAGUAAACUGUUACAAAAUUUAGCUCAGUGCGGAAAACAAAACGCUGCCAGUUCCCCCACACCGAAGGCUCCUCUGCCUCCAGUCAAAAGACAAACUGAAGAGUUUAGAACUUCAAAGUCUUCAACUUUGUUAGAAAAGCUUGCCGUACCAGUUCAGAAAAAUAACACCCCUCAUGUGAAAUCGGUAAACUCUCUAGUGGCAGAAUCUACACAACAUAAUUCAGAGAUUGAAAAUCUCCUUGAAAGGCGUACGGUCUUACAGCUUCUUUUGGGGAAUAAAUCUCAAAAAGAAAGAGUUGGCAAUAAGCGAAAGGGAGAAUCUGGAAAGCAAGAAAAUUCCAAAUCCCACAAUACAUUGGACAGACCCUUGACGGAUCUUGCAGUCAAAACUGAGCCUGUAGAAGAUGAAAUGUGCAAUGAUGAAAAAGUAUCGAAUCAGUGGCAGAACAAAUUAGCAGAAUCGCGUAGGCAGAGUCCCCACACUCUCAAUCAGGGAAUUAUAAAGCAAGAGCCACUUUCCCCAGUGGCUGUCCCCAGAGACGGUCUUCUUUGUCAUCUCUUGCAUCAGAAGCCCAGAAACCUGAAGCCAAACUUUUUAGAGCACUCAAAUCAGGGAUGCAUUAAAGAGGAACCAAUGGAACAUCACCAAGGACCAACCAUCCCCAAGAAGAGGAAAUUUUCAGUUCACCCAGAGGACCAUGUUAAAGUGACCCAGCAGAGAAUGUGUAAUAGUUCUGGUAGCCAAAAGGAUGAUAGCGAUUGCUCAACCUCUGGAAUUCCAGAAACUCAAGAAUCCAGUGAUCCAUCCAGCCCUCCACAGGCAGACAGUCCGCCAGCUAAGUUUCCACCGUGUGAAUCACCACGAAACGAAAAUGGGGGAUUCAAUGUCCUGAAGCAGCUACUUCUUUCAGACAACUGUUUGAAGGAACUGUCUCAAUCCAGAGCUCCAUUUAGUUCGCUGGAACGCCCAGUCCAAAAUGGGAGUACAAUCAAAGAACCACGUAACAACGGUGCGCAUCAAAGCUUUCGGCAGACCUUGAACCAGGGCAAGCCACCUUCAGCCUCAGCAGGAACGAACAGAGUAGAGUCUCUUUCGGAUGUUCAGCAGGAUUCGUCCAGGUCGAAACGUGAUGUCGUCUCACAGAGAGACUCGAAGGCAUCACCUGGGUUUGUGAACGGUGAUAAAACACAAGACUGCCACCUGGAUUCUCCACGAUUGACUAAAGCUAACCCUAUUUUGUAUUAUAUGCUCCAGAGGAGCAAUGCACAUUUGGUUAGGGACAGAGUGGAGCUCGAAGCAAAGUCAGGACCUUGUAGAGUGCAGACUAAGGAGAAAGAUGAGUCUGAGGCCUUUGACCUCAAAGUACAUUUGCAACAAAACCCACAUCACAACGGGACUCAUAGCAGUGACUCACCACGGAUCAACGGGUCGCUCAAGAAGUCAUGAAGAAGACUGCUUUGGAAUGAAAAUUUCUUGUUCUUCAUCCUUCUUGCUUCUCUGUAUUGCCAUUUUCUUUGUUAAUACGAAACCUUUUGUCUACUCUCUAUUCUGUAAGAUCAGUGCUUAAUUUCUUGCCAUUUCUUAACCUGAUGAUUUUGUUUCAAAAACAUAACAAGAAUACUUAGUAUUCUGAUAUGAAUUUUUAAACCUGUUGUUCAAAUAUGAAAUGUUUGUGACAUGCUCCUGGUAAUAUAUCUACAUUUCCUAAUCAAACUUCCUCCAUUGGUGAAAUUUGAUAGUUUUGAUAGUCAGUUAUGCUGCAGGAUAUACAGGUUUUUUCCCCCAACAACUUCCCUUAGCUUCCUUCAAUGAAAUAAUUAAUGAAUUAAUCAACCGAUCUUUGGGGUGUGCUGCACAGAAGUACACAGUUCUUCAUGUAGCCCAUAUUUUUCAUCGGUUCAUCAGUAUAAGAACAUGAUAUAGUAUGUGCAUGAUAUGUGAUUUGUAUCAUUUGGUAUUUGGUGGCUUUUUAUUCGUUCAUUUGAUUCAUUUUGGUAUAUAUAUAUAUAUAUAUACAUAAAUAUAAAUAUAAAUAUAUUUUUAAAUAAUUUGUGAAGUGCUUUACAAAUAACUCAGCAUUUCAUUGCACCGAGCCAAGAAUAGAGAUUUCCGCAAUACCCUAUAUGACAAUGGUGAAGAAAAAAAAAAAACAUUAACUGAUUAGAAAUUAUUUGACAUGUUGCUCAGCUAAUGAAGAAAACGUAACCUGAUUAUAUGAAUAGGUAUCGGCAUCAGCAUGUGCCAUAUAUGUCUAGCAUUAUGCAAUACAGAUGCAUUACAAGAAGACAAAUCAAGCUUGCCGGAGAUGCAGAGAGUGUUCUAGUUAUGUGCAGAAUGUGUGUUGUUUUAAUGGUCGUGUUUUACGGGAGUACUGUGCUACAAAUUCAUUCCCCACAUAUGAUAAUGUAUAUGAUAACGGUCUUACAUUUUACGAAUGGGAAUAUUCUAUAACAUGUUAUUUUUGUCCCUCAAUCUUAAAGUCUUGUUAUAAACUCUAUUUAUGUACAUACCGUAAUCUUUAUCUUUAUGAAAGAUGGCUAUUUUAUAUGACUGAAAAGAGAAACCUUUUAGUUUUGGAAUUUCGUAAAGAGCCCGCACGGCUGUGUGAAUACGUACAUAAUUAGAGAAAGGGGUUUUUUUUCUUUGGUUUUGUUUCAUUUUUGUUUUAUUUUUAUUAUUUUUGGUCCUACUUUUUUGCAUGUGUCUCUUGGUAAAAAUGACAAUAAUCUGUUCUGCAACAAUGUUGUGUUAUGUCAGAUAUUCAACAGUCCACAGCUGCCUGUUGCAUGCAGAUGCAUGAGAAGGUUCCUACGUAUUACUGCUCAUGGAGGAAUUCAAGUCUUAAGCAUAACUAUUUUGUCAUGAAGCCUGAUUACAAAAAAAAAAUGUAUUGUCUGUUUAUUCUAAGAAAUAGACUGCUGAGUAAAAUAUCUGAACUUUUGAAAGAGAUGUGCAUAUAAAAAAAUCUAUAUAUUUAUUUUGGUUUUUAUUCUAUUUUAUUUUUUACAAAAGGAAAAACCAAACCGGUAAAACAAUCAAGUCAUGUACAGCAACAGUGCAAUUCUGGAUUACUUUAAUGCUUCGAGGAUUUAACUUGGUUUUAAACAACAGAAAAUAAAUGUUUGGACUGCAGCAUAUUGAAUAUUAUUGUGAUAUCAUUUUUAAAUGUAUUCAUUUUGGUGUUUACUUGCACAGAUUUUGAAUAAAGUUCCAAAAUGCA